UUGACGCUGAGAUGAAAUUUAUAGAUGUGUUUGCUGGUUGGCCAGGGCGGUCUCAUGAUGCCCGCAUUUUCCGUUGCAGUAUAAUUGGUCAAACAAUCAUAAAUAAUCCAUCAUCAAUCCUCCCUAAUUCUUGCUAUAUUCUUGGUGAUGGUGCCUAUCCACUCGCUGAAGGCCUCAUGAUACCGUAUAAAGAUAAUGGUAACCUAAGUUUGAAACAAAAAAAUUUUAACCAUAAACUGAGUAGCUCAAGAGUUUUAAUUGAGCAGGCAUUUGGCAAAUUGAUCGGCAGAUUUCAAAAAAUUAAACACAUGGACUUAUACAAAAAAAAUUUUUGUGGGAAAGUUAUAACUGCUGCAUGCUGCUUGUAUAAUAUAUGCAUAUCAAACAAUGAUACAUUUGAUGCUGCUGUACCUAUUCAAGCCGAACUUAACUUACAGGAAAUAAGAAAUGAAGUUAUUAGCAGCACAACCAAAAGAAAUCUAAUUUGUGAUACAUUAAGCAUAAUUUAG